GGGGCGUGGCGGCUUCAGUGCUGUGCCGCUCGUUCUCCUGGAGAGAGUGGAUCUCGCCGCUCCGGUGUGGUGGUUGUGUUGUGGUGUGGUGUUGCCCGUCCUCCUCCCUCUCUCGGUAGCGAUAGUUUCAUAACAGCCUUUUACUCCACGUAGUUUGGAGGUAAUCGACAUGGAAUACCAGAACGACGAACAGAUUUAUAUGGAGCAGGAGGAAGAAUGGGAGCGUGAAGGGCUGUUAGACCCUGCCUGGGAGAAGCAGCAGAAAAAGAAAUUGUUGAUGGCAACCUGAAGAUGACUCUUGGUAUGAUCUGGACUAUCAUCCUGAGGUUCGCCAUCCAGGACAUCAGUGUUGAGGAGAUGACUGCCAAGGAGGGUCUCCUCCUCUGGUGCCAGCGGAAGACUGCCCCUUACAAGAAUGUCAAUGUGCAGAACUUCCACACUUCCUUCAAGGAUGGUCUUGCCUUCUGUGCCCUCAUCCAUCGCCACAGGCCAGACCUGCUGGACUAUUCUCAACUGUCCAAGGAUGAUCCCCUGCACAAUCUCAACCUUGCUUUUGACAUUGCUGAGAAGCACCUUGACAUCCCCAGGAUGUUGGACCCCGACGAUCUGGUGAACACACCCAAGGCUGAUGAGCGCGCCAUCAUGACCUACGUGUCUUGCUACUACCAUGCCUUCCAGGGGGCCCAGCAGGCUGAGAUGGCUGCUAACCGCAUCUGCAAAGUGCUGAAGGUCAACCAGGAGAACGAGCGCCUCAUGGAGGAAUACGAACGCCUCACCUCCGACCUGCUGGAAUGGAUCCGUCGAACUCUGCCUUGGCUCCAGGCCCGCCAGCAGGAUAACACCCUAGCUGAUCUGCAGAAGAAGCUGGAAGAAUACCGUCUCUACCGCCGCAACCACAAGCCUCCACGUGUAGAGCAGAAGGCCAGGUUGGAGACCAACUUCAAUACCUUACAGACUAAGCUCCGUCUGUCCAAUCGCCCUGCCUACCUUCCCUCGGAAGGCAAGAGUGUCACUGACAUUGCCAAUGCAUGGAAGAACCUUGAGGGAUGUGAAAAGUCCUUUGAAGAAUGGCUGCUCUCUGAGAUGAUGAGACUAGAGCGCCUUGAACAUCUGGCUAAGAAGUUCAAGCAUAAGGCUGAGAUCCAUGAGUCAUGGACUGCUGGAAAGGAGGAGAUGUUGCAGAGUCAGGACUUCAGACACUGCAAACUUAAUGAACUCAAAGCUCUUAAGAAGAAGCACGAGGCCUUUGAAUCUGAUCUUGCUGCUCAUCAGGACCGUGUAGAACAGAUUGCAGCCAUUGCUCAAGAGCUCAAUGCUCUGGACUACUACGACUCUGCUACCAUUAACAGCCGCUGCCAGGCUAUCUGUGACCAGUGGGACCGCUUGGGAACCCUUACCACCUCCCGCAGGAAUGCCCUUGAGGAGACUGAGAAACUCCUUGAGAAGAUUGACCAGCUUCAUCUUGAGUUUGCCAAGAGGGCAGCUCCCUUCAACAACUGGCUGGAUGGCGCCUGUGAAGACCUUGUGGAUAUGUUCAUUGUUCAUACCAUUGAAGAAAUCCAGGGCUUGAUUGAUGCCCACAACCAGUUCAAGGCAACUUUAGGAGAAGCAGACAAGGAAUACCAGGCUAUCAUGUCUCUGGUGACCGAGGUUCAACACAUUGCCCAGCAGUACCAGAUUCCUGGUGGUCUGGACAACCCCUACACCACUCUGACCUCUCAGGUCAUCUCCAGCAAGUGGGGCGAGGUCAAGAAAUUGGUGCCUGCUCGUGACAACACACUCCAGGCUGAACUCCAGAAACAGCAGAGUAUCCUUUUAAUUGAACUACAUACUUUUAUAAAUAUGCAUUGUUUCAAACUUUAUACUUUUUUUUUAUUAUUAUUAUUUUGAUAUAUAUAAAGUUAG